CAUGUCAAAACAAGAAUAUCAAUAUACAGGUUUUCCUACCGAACCUCCCACCCCUACAUACACCACGAAAUAUGUGUGGCUGAUCGUCCUGCUGGUCCUCGCAGCCGCCCUGCUGGUGGCCGCCGCCAUAAUCUACUACCUACAUGUGUGCAUUCAAGGGCGAGAGAAGAAGAAAGCGCGGGAAAAGAAGAUUUUUAUUUCGGAGGAGCACCCACUGAGCGAGAUGUCCAUCUCCCUAGACGCACCUGCCGCUAUGGACAAAAGAUUGGAGGCCUUCCUGGAGAUGGAGGGAGAAACUACUUACAGAUCUCCACGGCGUAGAAAAAAGAAAGACGUGAUGAAUCCGUUAGGAGAGAGUUCAAUGAACUUGGAUUUUAAAGGCAAAACCUGGGGGUCGCAAACACCGAGGGGAAUGGACCCAUUCUCUGAAAUGGACAAUGGACCAACCCUUCCAAUCAGUCCAUUAGGAAGCAAGAUGCCCAAAAGCGCCCGAAGUGCCCGAAGCCAGAAGGAGCGGUCAUUUUAUUACGGAGAAAUCACACCGUACGGGGGUAGAAAAACUCCUAUACACCCGAGCAGACACAAUGGCAUGAUGAAUGGUGAUGUGAAACGACCGCUAGCAAUCACUGGCGGGAAUUUUAUGUCCCCGGAAAAUACUAUGGAAGUCAGAACAUUAAAAAGUGAGAAGAGCUUCCACAGCGUGAGAAGUGUGAAAGCGCCGAGCAUGCGCGCACCAAGUGAGAAAGCCAUGAGCGUGAGAGCGCCAAGUGUGAGAGCGCCAAGUGUUAAAGCGCCAAGCAUAAGGGAUCUGCCGGCUUAUAAGGCUCCUCGUGUAAAAUCUACAAAACAGGGACAGAAUGGCACUGCAAGGUCGGUGAAAGGCCCGUCUGUUAGGAGUAGCAAGGUCGGCGCUGUCCCACGUAUGCAGAGGUCGGCUACCAGUACUAAAAUAGGCGGCUUUACUUCACGACGAUCAGCGGCACCUGUUUCCCCAAGAAAAAAGAUUGUUAGAAGUAAAACCAUGUCUGUUACACAGGACUUCGAUGCACCUGAGCAACCCACAGGCAUGGCAAACUUUUUAGAGGGAGAAACAAAUUGGGGCUCUACGUCCGAUGCGGGUCGCUCUGUCCGGUCCAACAGGUCAACUCGUACCGCUAAAUCCAGAGCCACGACUAUGGGAACACCUAGGAAAUCUAUACUUAAAAAGACGUCAAAGUAUAUGACGUCAGAGGAAUUCCUCACUGAAGAAGAGCAAUAUGGGAUUCUAUACGAAGAAAACUCCGCCCACAAGUCUGUCUCAGCCAAUCACACGCUUCAGCAGGAAUAUGAGGCUAUGAUUCGUAGAAAUGACCCACACGCUAAUGUUAUGAAGCUGGGUCAUGCAACUAGGAAACCUUGGCAUUGAAAAUGCAUCGAGAUAAAAGAUCAUUUUAUAAGAUAUAGAGGAUAAUUGUUUGUUUCAGUGUAAGAUUGUAAUAUAUUUCACCGAGUGAGCACCAAAAUUCAUAUUUCAAGAAUGGAGUAGCCGCGAGUGAAAUAUUAAGUUUUGGUGUUUACGAAGUGAAAUAUAUUGCUAUCUAAAACAAAAACAAACUUUUCUUUUUAUUAUAUGCCUAAACUAAGAAAUUAAAAGUCAUUUUGUUACAUUUUUUACAAAACACGUAAUGUCAAUUCGGAAAUCUUUCGUUGAAUUUGUGAGCCAGCCCCGUGCGCGCGGACGUUUGAUUUUGAACCGAGAGCGGGCUUAAAUUUCAAAAAAGUGAAAAAUACCAAAUUUAUAUUUUUACUGAUUCAAACAGUGAAAUAUCAAUUAUAAUUCACUCAUAAAAUUCAAUUAACUACCCGAAAGCAUAUUAUAGAUAUUUCUAAACAUAUGCAUGUAUAAUGACUACUUUCACUGUGGAAUUGUGAAUGUGAGGUAUUCAGGUUUAAGGAUAAUGGCGCAUACAAGUGUCUUUCUCCGAAAACUAGUGUAACGAUGCCAUUUUGUUUUGUUUAUUCGCUGCCACUGCUUCCACGAACAAAGGCUGAGACAGACAACCGUGGAUGGAGCGUUUUUGAAUAAAUCUUGAUUACCGGUAUUGUACGAAUGGAAUUCAAACAAAUUUGAUUGUUUUUCAAGAUAUAAUGUUUUAAUCAAAAGAGCAUGCGUGACUUUAUCAUAUAAAUAAAAGUACAUUCCAUAUUUAUUACAUAUAUGUUAAAUAAGAGCCUAUUGUUUGUGUGCAGUGGCUGUGAAUAUUAAUAUAUAUAUUUUUGAUCUAAACAUUGUAUUCAGUGGAAAUAAAUCAUAAAUAAUG